AUGAAAGUCUUCAAGUCGGCCACCAGAGGGCAGUAUGCGACCACAGUUGACAUCCAGCCCAGAUUGCAGGCAUGGCUCGUGCACAGAGGAUUUACUGCUCUACAGAAGGCAGAGCUCAACUGGCAGCCAGCAGAUCAGCACAGUCAUUGGAGCACAGAUGAGAGGAGGCCUGAACCUACAGUGGGAUUUAUGCGCGGGGACCGAGAGACCGCAUCUGAUGUUUGGACACUGAAAGAGGCACACAUAGUUAUGGCUGAGAUAAGAGUGGAGCUGAUGAUCAAAUCUCUCUACACCAAACGGGGAGAGUGCUUCCCCCUCAGAGCAGAGAGACAUAGAUGCAGCUCCAAACUGGGCAGCAGCCAGUCUCCUCACAGUGAAGCCUCAGACUGUGCCUUUGAUGGUGAGUCACCAUCAUAUUUUAAAGAACUCAUAGCACCCUAUUACCCCACUACAACACUGCGCUCCCUGUACACAGGCUUACUUGUGGUUCCUACAGUCUGUAAAAGUAGAACGGGAGGCAGAGCCUUCAGCUAUCAGGCUCCUCUCCUGGAAAAUCCAGAGUUGCAUUCUGUUAAAUGGUGCACCAACUGUGAGCGGGACAGACCUCUCUACCUCAGGCACAGGCCUACAGAUGAGCCCGGACACCGCUGCCUUUUCCUCAGCACAGCACACAAGGAAAACAUGAGUCUUGAUGGAGACACUUUAUCAGUGAUUGAGAACCCGGCGGCUGUCAGUCAAUCUUUUCACUCAGAGAAAACAGCAGGAGUUGAAGAGGCCAAGGGAGUGCAGAGCUGGUUAAAAGGGAUUCAUUCUACGACUCACACUCACAGGUUGGUGAGGCUCCUGGCAGCAUUGUGUGCGGUUGGACUCCUGGGAGGCUUAGCUGUAGGUGUCUGGUUUCUAGUCAAACUGCUACUGAGGCCUUCCUCCUCUCAGAGUCCAGUGGGACUUGGAGACGCUAAGGAGACGUCCUUCUGCAAUGUGACAGAGGAGAUUUCUAUCUCUGACCCCAGGAAAGUGUUUUACAGAAUCAGCCCGGAGAACUCCCUCCUGGAGAUCCAGCUGGGGAAGCUGCCCACCUGGCUGCCGGUGUGCUACGAGAGGUGGAACUCUUCACUGGGAACACUGGUCUGCAGACAGCUGGGAUAUCUGAGACUGACCGAGCAUAAAGGAGUGAAUCUAACUGAUAUUGGGCCAAACUAUACUGAUGGCUUCAUACAAAUUACCUCAGAACACAAGAGCAAUCUGGAAAAUAUGUGGCAGUUCAGGGGGAGCUGUAUCACAGGGAAGGUUAUCGCUUUGCAAUGUUUUGAGUGUGGGACAAGAGCGAAGCUGCCCAGGAUAAUCGGGGGAGUGGAGGCCACGCUGGGCAGGUGGCCAUGGCAGGUCAGCCUCUACUACAGCAACCGCCACACCUGUGGAGGCUCCAUCAUCACCAGUCAAUGGGUCAUCACAGCUGCCCAUUGUGUGCACAACUACAGGCUACCUCAGGUAUCUAGCUGGGUGGUCUACGCUGGCAUUGUGACACGUAGCUCUGCUAAAAUGGCUCAGCACACGGGAUACGCUGUGGAGAAGAUCAUCUACAACAAGAACUACAACCACAGGAGCCACGACAGCGAUAUAGCCCUGAUGAAACUGCGGACUCCGCUGAAUUUCUCAGACACAAUUCGGCCUGUGUGUUUGCCUCAGUACGACUAUGAUCUUCCAGGAGGUACACAGUGCUGGAUCUCUGGAUGGGGAUACACACAGCCUGAUGGAGUUCACUCACCUGAUACCUUGAAAGAGGCACCGGUUCCCAUAAUAAGCUCAAAGAAGUGUAACAGCUCCUGCAUGUACAAUGGAGAGAUCACGCCGCGGAUGCUUUGUGCAGGAUACACAGAAGGAAAAGUGGAUGCAUGUCAGGGAGACAGUGGGGGUCCUCUGGUUUGCCAGGAUGACAACAUAUGGAGGCUAGUGGGGGUCGUCAGCUGGGGGACAGGCUGCGCUGAGCCCAACCAUCCAGGGGUAUACACCAAAGUGGCUGAAUUCUUGGGCUGGAUCUAUGAAAUGAUUGAGAAUUACUGA